AUGAUCACACUAACGGAGCUAAAAUGUUUAGCAGACGCCCAGUCAUCUUAUCACAUCCUAAAACCCUGGUGGGACGUCUUCUGGUAUUACAUCACCCUGGUCAUGCUGCUGGUGGCCGUGCUGGCGGGCGCGCUGCAGCUGACGCAGAGCCGGGUUCUGUGCUGUCUUCCGUGUAAGGUGGAAUUCGACAAUCACUGCACCGUGCCCUGGCACCUCCUCAGAGCCAGCGCGAACGCGUCCUCCGACCUUGGGCCGCCGCUUCCGCUCCCGCUCCGAAUCCAGAACGACCUCCACCGCCAGCAGUACUCCUACAUCGACGCCGUCUGCUACGAGAAGCAGCUCCACUGGUUCGCCAAGUUCUUCCCCUACCUGGUGCUCUUGCACACGCUCAUCUUCGCAGCCUGCAGCAACUUUUGGCUUCACUACCCCAGCACGAGCUCCAGGCUCGAGCACUUUGUGGCCAUCCUGCACAAGUGCUUCGACUCCCCGUGGACCACCCGCGCCCUUUCGGAAACGGUGGCCGAGCAGUCGGUGAGGCCGCUGACGCUCUCCAAGUCCAAGGCUCUGCUUUCAUCCUCAGGGUGUUCGGCCGACGUGGAUACCAAUAAGCAGUCACUGCCCUACCCGCAGCCCGGCAUGGAGUCGGCUGGCAUAGAAAGCCCGACCUCCAGCGUCCUGGACAAGAAGGAGGGCGAGCAGGCCAAGGCCAUCUUUGAAAAGGUGAAAAGGUUCCGCAUGCACGUGGAGCAGAAGGAUAUCAUUUACAGAGUGUAUCUGAAGCAGAUAAUAGUCAAAGUCAUCUUGUUUGUCUUCAUCAUUAGCUACGUUCCAUAUUUUUUAACCUACAUCACUCUUGAAAUCGACUGUUCCGUUGACGUGCAGGCUUUCACGGGAUAUAAGCGUUACCAGUGCGUCUACUCCUUGGCAGAAAUAUUUAAGGUCCUGGCUUCCUUCUAUGUCAUUCUGGUUAUACUUUAUGGCUUCACCUCCUCCUACAGCUUGUGGUGGAUGCUGAGGAGCUCCCUCAAGCAAUAUUCCUUUGAGGCGUUGAGAGAGAAAAGCAACUACAGCGACAUACCGGAUGUCAAGAACGACUUUGCCUUCAUCCUCCAUCUGGCUGACCAGUACGAUCCUCUUUAUUCCAAACGCUUCUCCAUAUUCCUGUCGGAGGUCAGCGAGAACAAACUGAAGCAGAUCAACCUCAAUAACGAGUGGACGGUGGAGAAACUGAAAAGUAAGCUGGUGAAGAACGCCCAGGACAAGGUCGAACUGCAUCUCUUCAUGCUGAACGGUCUUCCAGACAAUGUGUUUGAGCUGACUGAAAUCGAAGUGCUCAGCCUGGAGCUGAUUCCUGAGGUCAAGCUGCCCUCCACCGUGUCCCAGCUGGUCAACCUCAAGGAGCUCCAUGUGUACCAUUCGUCUCUGGUGGUAGACCAUCCCGCCCUGGCCUUCCUAGAGGAGAAUUUAAAAGUUCUCCGCCUGAAAUUUACUGAAAUGGGGAAAAUUCCACGCUGGGUAUUUCACCUGAAGAAUCUCAAGGAACUGUAUCUGUCGGGCUGUGUCCUCCCUGAGCAGCUGAGCACCAUGCAAUUGGAGGGCUUUCAGGACUUAAAAAACCUGAGGACCCUCUACUUGAAGAGCAACCUGCCCCGGAUCCCACAAGUCAUCACAGACCUCCUGCCUUUCCUGCAGAAACUGUCCCUCAAUAAUGAGGGAAGCAAACUGGUUGUGCUGAACAACCUGAAAAAAAUGGUCAAUCUGAAAAGCCUAGAGCUGCUCAGCUGUGACCUUGAACGCAUUCCACACUCCAUUUUCAGCCUGAACAAUCUGCAUGAGUUAGACCUAAAAGAAAACAACCUUAAAACUGUGGAGGAGAUCAUCAGCUUUCAGCAUCUCCAGAACCUUUCUUGCUUAAAAUUGUGGCACAAUAACAUUGCUUAUAUUCCUGCCCAAAUUGGGGCAUUAUCUAAUCUAGAGCAGCUGUCUUUGGACCAUAAUAAUAUUGAGAAUCUACCCCUGCAGCUUUUUCUAUGCACUAAACUACAUUAUCUGGAUCUAAGCUAUAACCACCUGACCUUCAUUCCAGAAGAAAUCCAAUAUUUGAGUAAUUUGCAGUACUUUGCUGUGACCAACAACAAUAUUGAGAUGCUACCAGAUGGGCUGUUUCAGUGCAAAAAGCUGCAGUGUUUACUUUUGGGGAAAAAUAGCCUGAUGAGUCUGUCCCCUCUCGUGGGUGAGCUGUCGAACCUUACUCAUCUGGAGCUCAUUGGUAAUUACCUGGAAACACUUCCUCCGGAACUGGAAGGGUGUCAGUCCCUAAAACGGAGCUGCCUGAUUGUCGAGGAGAACUUGCUCAAUACUCUUCCUCCCCCCGUCACAGAGCGCUUGCAGACGUGCUUAGAUAAAUGUUGA